AUGGAAGGAACUUUUGAUGACUUUCCAUUGUUGACGGUAUGGGGAUCGCCAUCAUCUUUAGAAAUAGCUAAAUUAAUCUCUACAACAUUAAAUGCUCAAAUUGAAAAUAAUACACCAUUGCAAUUGUACUAUAUCGAUGCAACAAAUUCAUUUCCGUUGACCCAAUUUCAAAAAUUGGUACCUGUCAAUGAGGAUAAUAAACGUAUAUAUGAUUAUAUAAGAAUAAUGACCUGCUUAGAUCUAUAUGAAUUGAAUAGAAUAACUAACAAGAUGUUACAGUUAAUAAGUAUUGAUAAAAUACAGAAGAAACAAAAUAUAAAACAUAGAAACAAAGAACCGGAUUCAUUGCAUAAUACAUAUGGAAUACUUGUAUUUAUUAACGGUUUAGAAGUCAUGUUUAGAAAUACACAGAUGAAGGAAUCUCAAGAACGUACUCAUUUAUUUCUUAGAGAUAUCCUAUUAAGAAUAAGAGCCAUAGCUAAUCAACCCAAGGAUGAUAAUUCAAUAGAAUUACGUUCUAUAGUGACAUUCCCUUCUAACGAGUUGAAUAAAUCCCUUAAUAAGUCAAGUGACAAUCCAGCAAAGAGACCUAAAUCUAUUAAUUUAAUUAAAGGUAAUACCAUUGCUGAAUAUGUCACUAAAUUCUAUUCAGAUCGAUUGGUCUCGUGA